UCGAUUUUCGAAAUACUUUCAAAUUUGUGGCGUGACUUUUAUUGUCAGAAAUAAUAUUGAAAUUGUAUUUACCGUUUAUUAAUAAUAUAAUUAUAAAAAAGUUUUAAAAACAAACCCGGGAUGAGAAGCAGCGGUCUGGUGUUGUUCGCGUGUGCUGGCCUGCUGCUUAGUGGUGGUGCGAUCCUAGGCGGGUCGGUAGCAUGGAGCCUGCUACGCAUGUCAUACUACUUCUGGACGACUGACCUGGGCGUGGAGCUGAGCUCCAGCAUCAUGUUCCUGGCGGGCGCGCUGCUGUGCCUGCCCACCUGCUGGCUCGCCACGGUCGUGCCCUACCACGUCAAGUCCUUGUCUUUGACGGCCACGUUGAUGGCGUUAGUGAGCGUGGCGAUGGUGAUGCUGUCGGUGGGGUUGGCGUCGAUCUCGGGGCUGUCGCGCGCGCUGCGGGAGCCGGCCAUGAUCAACAGCAGCAUGCUGCGGGCCAUGGCCAUCGACACCUUCGACCCCGCCGUCAGGAGCUCCUUCGCCGCUAUGCAGAUUGAGCUGAGAUGUUGCGGCGUGCAGUCGUUCGCCGACUGGUACCAGCACCGCCGCACGCUGCCGCCUGCCUGCUGCGGACGGGUGUGGAAUGGAAAGCGCGGCGACAUGUGCGACGCGCCGUACAGUGUGGGCUGCCUGCGGCCCGCGCUCGCCGAGCUCCGGUACUUCACCUACUCCCUCUCUGCAUUGUCCUCCGCCAUCGUAGUCGUCAUGGCAGUAACUCUAUUCGCGGCCGCGUACACCAUGGUGACGGGCGUGGUGGAGCGCGGCGAGGUGCUGCGGUCGUACAAGGCGCCGCAGCCGCUGCGCAUCGCGUGCCUGGCGCACCCGCCGCACGGCCUGGCGCCGCACGGCCUGCCCGCGCACGCGCUGCACGCGCCGCACCCGCACGCGCCGCUCGUCGCGCUCACGUCCCCCGCCGCCAUGCCGCACGACAACCCCAUAUAAACAUACACACACUGCCUACUCCGCACUUAAAUAGUACGCAAAUAAAUAGUACGUCUAAAAUUUCUGCGAUCGCUAGAUGGCGUUGGUGCAGCUUUUGGUCAAGAAAUGUUCAACUACACUAGCGACACUAGUGGUAAAUUCAAGCUUAACUUUUCUUUGCCUCCAGUGU